AUGGCUUCGAUUCAGCGUCCUGCGAGCUCAGGAUCGUCGGAGGGAGGAGGUCCGGCGGUGGACGAGAGGAAGAGGAAGCGAAUGGAGUCGAAUCGCGAAUCGGCUCGGAGAUCGCGCAUGCGGAAGCAGAAGCAGCUGGAAAACUUAACCGAAGAAGCGAGCCGGUUGCAAAGCGAUAACGCGAGUCUGGCGCAGAGCAUAAAGGUGAAGGAGGAAGCGUACGUUGAGAUGGAAGCCGCCAACGACAUCCUCAGAGCUCAGACAAUGGAACUCGCUGAUCGGUUGCGGUUUCUGAAUUCAAUUCUCGAGAUCGCUGAAGAGGUCGGCGAUCUCUCCGUCGAGAUCCCGCAGAUUCCGGACACUCUCUUCAAGCCCUGGCAAAUCCCCCACCCUAUGAUGGCGUCGCCGGACAUGUUCCUCCAUGGAAUUCAAGGACUGUUUGCUUCAUAA